GACCGAUCACAAGAGAGAGGGAAAUGGAAAUGGGUGGGUGGAAAGUCCCUGUGUGGAAAUCCCCUUCGGCCGGGCUUUUCCUUUUUUGCAACAUUUAACUAGCACGGAGGACGGACGCCGUAACUCUUCUUUAGAGGCGGCUCGCAGAGCUGUGAAGGUGCGCGGGGACCCAUUUGGACGGCGAGGGCGAGAAAAAAUGCUGGAUGGCGCUUGUAGGACCUCGCUGCGGUGAGCGAAGUGGCUGACAGCGGACUAGCCAGCCUUAAGCAUCCGGGAAGGCUUUGUUGUCCUCCUCCUCCCCCCCCUCACACGUCCCCUCCGUCCUCCUCCUCCCGCCCCGACAUAUUAACUACAGUUCCAUUGUUUGGUUGUCGGCGGUCGGGGCCUCCUCCUGUCCUCCACCUGGUCCCCCUUUCUCUCCUCUGUCCAUCCAUUUGGCCAUCCACCCGCCAUGUCGCAGGGUCAGAACUUCCUUCCAAAGUUCCUAUUCGUCUCCAACUUGCUUAAGGCAGUCAAGAUCCGCCAGCGUGUUCCCAGUGAUGUGGUGAAGCCGGCUGCUAGUGGCGGACUCAUGCACCACUUGCAUGGCAUGCACCGUUACACACUGGAGAUGAUAGCCAUGAACCACUUCCCACAGGCCUUCAGAGAGGUUGUGCAGGCGGCCAUCUUGGAUCGGGCCAUGCAGGCUUCCCUGGAGCAGGAGAAGAAGCUCAAUUGGUGCCGGGAGGUCAAAAAGAUGGUGCCUCUACGUACCAAUGGAGAUGGAAACUGUCUGCUCCAUGCAGCCUCCCAGUACAUGCUGGGGGUUCAGGACACUGACCUGGUGCUUAGAAAGGCUCUCCAUGGCGCUCUGAAGGAAACGGACACCGGCAGCUUCCGAGCCCGCUUCCAGGCGGAGCUGCUCCAGUCCCAGGAGUUCACACAGACCGGACUGCGAUACACCACCACGAACUGGGAGGAGGAAUGGGAGAAGAUCGUGAAAAUGGCGUCGCCGGUCUCCAGUAGCAACGGGCUCCAGUUCGACUCUCUAGAGGACAUCCACAUCUUUAUCCUCUCCAAUAUCCUCCGCAGGCCCAUCAUCGUCAUCGCAGACCAGGUGGUGAGGAGUAUGAAGUCGGGCUCCUCCUUCUCUCCUCUGAAUGUUGGUGGGAUCUACCUGCCACUCCACUGGCCUUCCACUGAGUGCUACAAAUACCCCAUAGUCCUGGGUUACGACUCCCAGCACUUUGCCCCCCUCAUCACCAUCAAAGAUAGCGGGCCAGAGAUCCGAGCUGUACCGCUGAUCAACCCAGGCCGGGGAGGCUUUGAGGAGUUGAAGGUUCACUUCUUGAUGGAGAAAGAACUACAGCAGAAGGACAGGCUGCUAAAAGACUACCUGCUACUUAUCGAGAUCCCGGUCAUAGGUCUGCGCUAUGAUGCUACACGCAUCAUCAAUGCUGCACGCCUUGAUGUGGGCAACCUCCCAGAGGACAUGAACCUGAUGGAAGACUACCUGCAGCUGGUGAACCAUGAGUAUAAGCGCUGGCAGGAGGACAAGGAGCAAGCAUGGGCAGCCCAGCCACAGCGCCCGCCUCCUUUCUCUGUCUCCCAGCUCUCCCUCAUCGAGAUCCGCUGUGCCACGCCACGCUGUACCUUUUACGUCUCUGUGGACACGCAGCCCCACUGCCACGAGUGUUUUGAGAAGAGGCAGGCCACCACAGGUGGAGGGACUAGGAUAGAGGGGGUGGUGCAGACCAAAGGAGGAGGGGGGGUGGUGCAAGGUGGGGUUGGGGUGAUCGGGGGCUCAGAGACCGAGGCGAGCUCCCGGGGAGCCCGAAGCGGCAGCCCAUCUCCCUCCUCCUCUGGGAGGGGGGCAAUAUUAUCCAGCCCCCGCUCGGCCCCUCCCACUGCUCCUAGCCUCAGCCUUUACAGUGAGACCCACGCCAUGAAGUGCAAGACGCCCGGCUGCCUCUUCACCCUCAGCGUGGAGCAUGACGGACUUUGUGAGCGCUGCUUCAACUCCAGGCAGACUAAUGGGGCACCCGGUGUAGGAAUGGCUGCCACUGGACUGCCGGGCCUCAACGGGGGGCCCAUAGCCCCUCACCCCAGCCAGGGACCCGGCUGGACCCAGUGGGGGAGCCGUGAGGUAGAUUCGGACCGCUGCGGCAUGUGCAGACAAGAGGCGUUUAGGAUAUUCAAUGGCCUGUGUCCACCGUGCAUGCAGAGACAGCAGGUUCCAGAUAGGGGCGAACCACAGCAGAGCAACCCCAGGACUGAGGCGGGGUCAUCAGCUUGGAAUCAGACCAUGGAUCCCGAGCGGCCAUGCCUCACUCUGACACCCGGCCACACCUCAGCCUGGCAGACUCCGCUGGCACGGCUCUGCAAGAGAUCCGGAUGCCAGUUCUUUGGGACGCCAGAGAAGUUGGGUUUCUGCACUAUCUGCUACGUAGACUAUCAGACCAACCACCACUUAACCCCACCGCCAGCCCCAGUCCAGAGCAGGCAUGGCUCGGAGGCAGGCUUCCAGAAUGCCACUCGCUGUAGGGGGCCUGGCUGUGGUGCAGUUGGCAAGGCCAUGCUGGAGGGCUACUGCAACAAGUGCUAUCUCAAAGAACAAAGUACUCGACUAAACCAGGCGGGACAGCGUAUCCCACACUCCCCCCCUCCAGUCAUGCGGGACCGGGUAGUCAAACCUAGAUCAUCCCAGCAGUCCCAGACCCAGACCCAGACCCAGUGCCGGCGGAGUGGCUGCAGCAACGUAUCCCCAGGCUGCACGGACAUGUGCCCAGAGUGCCACACGCGUGGCCAGGGCAGGGAGGGGGGCAGGCGGGCGCAGGCGCCCAAGGAAAAGUCCAAGCAGCGAUGUCGGACGCAGGGCUGCAACCAUUACGCCAACCAAGAGAAACAGGGCUACUGCAACGAGUGCGACCACUUCAAACAGAUCUACCGUGGCUGAACACACAACGUGCGUUCAGGCACACGACAACCAUGACAAUACAUCGCUAGCAAGCCGGAGUCGCCGCCCCCUGCGCCAGGCGCCCCAUGCCAGUCGAUGCACCUCUGAUAUAACUAACAUACUAACUAACUAUCUAGUGACUAACUAGUAACCUUAUGGCCUGAAAAUCUGAACCCCCUCAUGCUGAAUGUGAAGAGUGAGUGUAUAUGGGGAGGGGGGGGGCGUGACUGAAUGUUUGUGUUAGUUCACAGUAGACAUGGCCUCCAGAUUACCUCUUUGUGCAAUUAUCAUCUGAUCUGGUGUGUGCAGUUACCCGGUGAGAGGUUUGGCUACAUGUCAGAGCAACCGACUUCUCUUUUGUGUACAAUAUGUAUUUAGAAGUACAUAGAGGAUCAAGCAGGACAAAAUGAUUGUAUGUUGACAAAAAAACAAAGCAUCUGCCAUUGCUUUCUAGACCACAGCCAAGGAAUCUAUACCCCAUUUCUGUCUGUUGUCUGUCUUAUCUGUCCACCUUGUCUGCCUGCCUGCCUGCCUGCCUGCCUGCCUGCCUGCCUGACAUUCGCUCCUUAGAGUGAGCGAUGUAAAGUUGUGUCCAUGGAAGUCCAGCGGAAAAAAAAAAAAACCCCUCAACCCAAGCAAUAGGCAGAGUUGAGCCAAACUAGGCCAUGCUGAGGCAAAAUCCCUGAGCUUUUUUCCGAACCUGGGCUAGUGUGAGUCUUUCAACUUGAAGCGCUUCUUGUUUAAGUCUGCCUGAAUGGGAUGGGUGCAUAACAUUAAGUUCUGUCAUUCACCCGUAGUUCAACUUGGUGAGCACAUCCAAUCCCAGAAAGGCAUUUGAACAGUUUUCCGACGGUAUUCAUCACUGCAGAGCCCAGCUCACGGAAUCAUCUCAUAAAAUUGUUUUUAAAUGGGAAGAAAAUUGACAAAAAAAAUAAUCUGGCAAGCAAUUAUCACGAAAUGAUGGAGAGUCAUUUUAUUUCCUAUUAAUUAAGGAGUUCCAAGUUGUGAUUUAUGAUCGGAAACCAAAUCAAACCCAGCUGUCUUGUUCACGCCUGUGAGUAUUUGUGAGGGAGACCAGUCCGACACUUAAGGAUACACAAGGUGAAAGUAGACCCUAGUGUCCAAGAACACGGUGCAAGACGGUCGGGGCAGGCUUCUACUAGUUUUGGUGCUAAAUGUACAGAAAUGCAAGCCUCUUCAUUGUAGCCAACACGCUAGUGGUGUGUGUGUGUGUGUGUGCGUGUGUGCGCGCGUGCGUGCGUGCGUGCGCGCGUGGGAACAAGCUAAGAGUCAUUUUCCAUUCUUCCUCUUCCUUCGCCUCCUCAAAAUGUUCCCCCUCUUAUCACCCUAGAACUGAUCUGUUGCCUUGGUAAUUGUUUUUUUUUUUAACUGUCAACCAAUUAAGCACCUAAUUACACUCACACAUAACACGCAGAUAUUUUAGUUAUGUCAAAGGGGGAUUGCCGGGCGGGGAGAAAGCCAAACAUAAUGACGGGUAAUUCCCCACGCAGGGAGCUCUGUCAACCUCUCUGCCAUGCGUGAACACACACACACACACACACACACCUAUACCUACACCUUUAAGAUUGUAAAUGCCCCAGCCCAGCCUGAGGUGAUGUGAGGUAAAUGAACUGGGCGAAGGAAAGGCACCCCCACCCUCUGCUCCACCUCUCUGGAUGCACCAAGGCAACAAUUUCAAACAUCCAGACAGCAGUCCUGUUGUCUGACCCGGCCAAUCUUUUUGUCUCUCUGAAUGUGUUUUGUGCUGUGGCUUACAGUACAGUCUUGGGACUGAUCUCGGAUCAGUUUUGCCUUUAGUGAUUAAAAUCCUUUGGACCUGUGGGGCCUCGUUGGCGAUCCUGGAUCAGGAUCCCACUUGUAAAAUGCUUUUGUGAAUAUGGAUCUCGGUCCACACCGUAGGACCGUCCAACCCAAUGCCUCAUCUCCAGUGCACACAUACACAACACAUGCACAUUUGCGUCUGGAAUACGCAAAGCUGACAUUCCUUUUUUUCUUCGUUUGGUUUCAGAUUUUAAUAUAUUUGAACAUAGUUGUUUUUUUAUUCUGCCAACAUAAAAGAAAACAUACCACCACUUGGUGGAUGAUGGUAUGUUUUCUUUUCUCUCUUUUUUGUUGUUGUCCAGGUUUGUACCUCCUUUAAAAAUGGCCGUCCUGGACCAUUGUAAAGAACUAACUACUGUGCCAUAGAUAGACAUCUAGCUAUCUAUUUGAACCAUGGCCUCUAAAGUUCACCUACACUGAGAACCCUCAAAAAAGACGAAACAUUUUUAAAAUCUUCACUGAUUUAUCAAGCAAAAAAAAAAAUCAAUCUUUGGAGUUACACUGAAAUAUAAAUCCACUCAUUGUGCUGCCAAACUGCUAAAAUGAAAUAAAUUUGACUUGUGUUAUAUGUCAUAUUCCUCAAGACCUUCUCGUGGUCUAGCCACCUAUUGGAGAAUCGGCGCUAUAGGCAGAAUUAUGUAUUGGCGCUUUAAUUGAGAAACGUGUAGACAAACGGGCUCUCGGGCUGCCUUCACACGAGAACUGUACGCGAGUCUGUCGGGCCAGCCAACCCGAGCGCCUGACAGCCGCGCAGGCCUCUCUGUGCUUUAAUCACCUCUAGACCAACCUUAAGUCAGUUCACGGCUAACGGGCGGUCAGCUCGUCAAACGCCCUGAACGAGGGGUUUUUUUGGGGGGGGGGGGGGACUUUGACCGAGCUUGACUGGGAUGGGGGAUCGGCGAGUUGCGCGUGACUCGCCGUGGGCGACGCUGCUGUGGCAUUUUGGGAAUGGUACUCGACUCACUUGGGGACAUUCCAACAUUAGCGAGGACGUUCACAUAAAAGCAGAAGAUGUAACAAUAACAUGCAAAUGGUGUGGAAGUUUUCUUUGUGUGACCUUUCGACAAUAGGGUAUUGUAUGAUGAAAACGCCUUGUUUUAUUUGUUAAGUAUUUAUUCAUAACAAGAUAUUAUCUGUAUUGUGUGAUUCAAUAUUUAUAUGUUGUCCUGAAAUGAAUUAUUUUUAUUAAGA